AGCAAAACAGAUAAUAAAAAAACAGUCAACCCCAAAGGCACCCACUCUUCGCCUCUUUCAUAAACCAAUUCACAGCUAACUCUCCACUUUCUUACGUAAUAUAUAUAUAUACUUACGUAUUAAAACAAGAAAAAGAAUUUAAAAAAAAAAAAAAAGUGAACACAGAGAGAGAGAGAGAGGACCAAUGCUGGCGAAAGAGUCGGCGGUCUCGCAGUUCGAUCUUCCCGAGGAGGUGUUGGAUGUGCUGCCGUCGGAUCCUUUCGAGCAGCUCGAUGUGGCCCGCAAGAUUACCUCCCUUGCGCUCUCGGCGCGCGUCUCCGCCCUCGAAUCGGAGGCCUCCGCCCUCCACGGCCGCCUCGCGGAGAAGGACCGCGUCAUCGACGAUCUCCAGAGCCAGCUCGAGUCCCUCGACGCCUCCCUCUCCGACACCACCGAUAAACUCGCCCAAGCCGAGCACCAAAGGGAGACCCUGUUGAAGGAGAACGCUUCGCUGUAUAGCACGGUGAGGAAGCUCAAUCGAGAUGUUUCCAAGUUGGAGGCCUUUAGAAAGACACUCAUGCAAUCACUUCAUGAGGACGAAGAAAGCUCGGCAGGAAGUGUGCAGCUUGUUACUGAGCAGAUACCAGCCCAGCCAAGUUUAUCUUCUGCAUUUCCAAUUAGAGAAGAUGAUGCCCCAUUACAACCUUCAAGAUCUUCUUCAAUUCAGAGUCAAUUCACAGAAAUGGGAAGCUCGUCAGCAGAUGAUCGUGAUAUAGAUGUCCCAAGACCAACCAUAUCACAGAGCCUAUUGUUGGCAUCCCAAACUAGCACUCCCCGGUUUACUCCUCCUGGGUCUCCUCCAAGCCUAUCUGCAGCGGUAUCCCCCACAAGAUCUAAGCCGGUGCCCCCAAGGCGACAUUCAAUGCCAGUGUCCCCAAAGCGACAUUCAAUUUCAUUUUCAACUUCAAGAGGAACGCUUGAUGAUAAGUAUUCAGUAUAUUCAUCGAUGCCCUCAAGCCUUUAUAGCUCAGUUUCAAGCUCUGAUUCUGGAUCACAAACUGGACGAGCUCGAGUAGAUGGGAAAGAAUUUUUUCGCCAAGUCAGGAGCCGCUUGUCGUACGAGCAGUUUGGUGCUUUUCUAGCAAAUGUAAAGGAAUUGAAUUCCCACAAGCAAACAAAGGAGGAGACUUUAAGGAGGGCUGAUGAGAUCUUCAGCGCAGAUAACAGGGAUCUCUAUGCUAUUUUUGAGGGAUUGAUCACUAGAAAUGUUCAUUGAAAUUAUGGUGUACCUAAAGUUUAUCAAGCGUGGCGCAAAUGUAGGGGAUGCCAAUUCGUAAAAGACAGGACUUUUAUUUUCAAAUAGAGGAAUCUAUAUUUUAAUAUCAGCGCUCAAACCAAGUUUCAUUAUGUUUGGAAAGGGGACUUUGGUAUCUCUAGUCAUUUGAGAGUUGAGUAAUACUUUGACUUGUAUGGUUAGUAUGCGUAUGCAAGACGUUCUUUGAGGGCAAAAUUGUGAAGGCAUAAGAGUCAAAUGGAUAAUAUCUAAGUCAUGAGAUAACUUUUAACAUCAAACUUGCCAUCAAUGGAAAAUGCAGUCUCCGAGAUGAAA